UGUAAUGAUCUCCAGAAAUUCUUCAAUUGUCCAUCAAGUGGGCUGGAACUAAACCGAAUUGCAUGCUGUAAAUAAAUCACUGCAAAAGCCUUAACAAUGUGUAGUCUGUCUCUUGGCUCCCAGCGGUACUGAUGGAGAAAAACUGGACUCAAUAAGGGCCCUUGGAAAGCUGUUCUUCCACUGGGGAAGUAUUUCCCCUGGACCUUUGCUAUAUCAGCCAUGGACUCUUCAGUGGUCAUUGUGGAAAAGGAAGCCAGCAAUGGUACCCCCUGCAGUGCUGGACAGCAACCAGACCUGGAGGCCAAACCUAACUGGACAAUGGAAGGAGAAGACCUCAACUCGGUUAGUGUAAAUAACAGCAGAGUGCCAACCGAAGGAGACAACUUAGCACCAAAGAGCAGCCAGGAGCCUUGCGCAAAUGGACCGACGUCUUAUUGCCCUGAGCGGCCCAUGCCUUUUGACCCCACCGACAGCUCCCGGGGGGAAGAGCCAGCUCCAGGUGUGCUUGGUUUCCAUAAGCACCUAAAGGCAUCUCAGGGCGGUAGCGCUCAGGGCUUAGCUGUUAGAAAGGACGCACUGCAGUCUCUCAAACUAAGCCUCCCCUUGCAAGAAACUGAACUGUGUUCAGCAGAUGCUCCUCUCCCGCUGGAGAAGGAAGAACAAAUCCGGAUCCAGGCACGGAAGCGCCUGGAGGAGCAACUCAAGCAGUAUCGCGUAAAGAGGCAUCAGGAGAGACUGUUUACAGCUAAAAGCCGCCCCUCCAGUACCUUGGAUCCCGAGCUGAUGUUGAAUCCAGAGAUCUUACCAAGGGCCAGCCCCGUAGCAAUGACCAAAGAAUAUUCCUUCUUGCGAACCAGUGUCCCGCGAGGACCCAAAGUGGGAAGCCUGGGACUCCCAGCUCCCUUGAAAGAGAAAAAAAGUUCCAAAUUGUCCAGGACAAGCAGGAUUCGGUCUCUGGCAGAUUAUCGAACAGAACACCCGGAGGGAAGUGCCGGCGGGACCGUUCCAGGUGCCAAUUCGUCGGGCGGAGCUCUGAAACAGAACUCAAGCAGUCUAACAUCGGUUGUGUCGUCCAUCAGUCUGACCCCUGAUCCAGAUGACCGACUGGAAGAUUCCUCCCUGGCAGGAGACAGCAUGUCAGAAAUGGAUGGCAGUGAAACAGGCAUGAGGCUGGAUGGUAACGAAAGCGAUAGCUCUACCUACAGUAGUGUGUCGGGAAGGGGCCCCACUGGUGCUUUCUUCAGCCCCAGGAACAAGCAGGGUAUGGCAUUCACCAUCAAUGGGCAGGAAGUCCCGCUGGAUGCCGUCGGACAAUUUCCUUCCAUCAGGGAGGUGCUACAGGCGGCUGCAACAGAGCAUCGCGCCCAGGACCAGGAAAUCAACGGGGAAGCAAGAAGCCGGCGGGACAGUGUUUCCAGCAGUAUAUCCAUGGAAAGUUCUGUCGCAGGCACCCAGGAUGAACUGCUCCAAGUCCUCAAAGAGAAGAUGAGGCUUGAGGGACAGUUGGAGGCCCUGUCAUUGGAAGCCAAUGAGGCUCUCAAAGAAAAAGCAGAGUUGCAAGCCCAGCUGGCUGCUGUCCAUAUGAAACUCCAAACCCACAUGGAGCAUACGCAGACUAGCCAGCAGAAGCAGGACUCCCUGAAUUCAGAGGUUGCUACCUUGAAGCAGUCCUGCUGGGAACUGGAACAUGCCAUGGCAGAACUACAAGCCACGUUGGAGGCCAAGAAUGCUGGCUUGGUUGCUUCCAAUAACGAUCUGCAGUUGGCAGAAGAACAGUACCAGAGACUGAUGGGGAAGGUGGAAGACCUGCAGAAAAGUGUCCUUAACAAGGACAGCAUGGUUCAUGAUCUCCGGCAGCAGCUCUCCUCUUUACAAAGCCAGCUCCAGCAGGUCCAGCUGGACCGCACGUCCUUGACUAGUAAGCUGAAGUCGUCUCAGACGGAGAUCGCAUCGCUACAGAAAGUUCGGCAUUGGUAUCAACAACAGUUGGCUGUAGCUCAACAGGCAAGAAUUCGCCUGCAGAGCGAUAUGGCCAACAUAAAGGCUGGUCAGAUGACUCAGGUUGGUCUGCUGGAGCAUCUCAAGUUGGAGAACGUAACCCUGUCCCAUCAGUUAACAGAGACUCAGCAUAGAUCCAUCAAAGAGAAGGAGCGUAUAGCUGCACAGCUACAAAAUAUUGAGGCCGACAUGUUAGACCAGGAAGCGGCCUUUCUGCAGAUCCAAGAGGCUAAGAGUAUGGUGGAAGAGGAUCUGCAGAGGAAACUGGAGGAGUUUGAGGAAGAGAAAGAGCAGCUUCAGAAGAUGGCUGAUUCGGCAGCAGCGUUGGAACAGGAGCUAGAAAAGGUAAAAUUAACGCUGCAUCAGCGAGACAUUCAGGUGGAGACUCUGCAGCAGGAACAGCUGGAUCUCAUGAAACAACUGACCUCCACCCAAGAGACGUUACAGACCCAAGACCAAACCUUGGGUGAGCUUCAGGUGCGCUAUGAUGAGCUGGAGGCCAGGUUGGCUGAAUUGCAGGGAGAAGCCACCUCGAAGGACGACACCAUCCGGUAUUUGCAGAAUGAGAAGAUUGUCUUAGAGGUUGCCCUGCAGGUGGCGAAAACAGGCCAAGAAGGACUUGAAGAGGGCAUCCAGCAUUUAGGAGGCCACACAGAGGCAGCAUCAGAAGUUCUGGAGCAACUGAGGCAAGAAAUAGCCAUCAAAUCAAGUCAGGUGGAAAAUCUGCAACAUGAAAGUGCAAAUCUGAAGAAGCAAACACAGAAGGUGAAGGAACAGUUUCUGCAACAGAAGGUAAUGGUGGAAGCCUAUCGCAGAGAUGCAGUUUCAAAAGAUCAGCUAAUCAGCGAACUGAAGUCUACGAAAAAGAAGCUGGAUUCUGAAAUCAAAGAGUUAAAGCGGGAAUUCCUUCAGCUUCAGAGCGAGAAGAAAUCGAUGGAGGUGGAAAAUUCAAAACUUGCAAAGGAAGUGACUCGGAUUCAGCAGCAGAUGGAGGAAUUGGAGAGCCAACUACAGGUGGCCCAAAAAGAACGAAAUGACAUGGAGACGGAGCUACAGUCUUUGCAGUUUGACCAAGAACAAAUGUCAGCUCUUGUCAAAGUGAAUGAAGACUUAAAAAGACAAGUUGAUGAAAUGCAACAAGAAACAAAGAUGGCCAUUACAGAACAGAAGCAGAAAAUGAAGAGGCUGGGCUCUGACCUGAACUCAGCCCAGAAGGAAAUGAAAGCAAAACAUAAAGCCUACGAGAACGCCGUUGGGAUCCUCAGUCGCCGGCUUCAGGAGGCCCUUGCUGCGAAGGAAUCGUCUGAAGCGGAGCUGAGUGAAUUAAAGGCACAGAUCUCCGAGGGCAGAAAUAACCAAGCUAGUCUAGAAAGGAUCCGAACUCUAGAGACGGAGCUGCAGUCUCUAAGCCACAGUAAGAUGAUUCUCGAGAAAGAGCUGCAAGAGGUCAUCUCGGUCACCAGCCAGGAACUGGAAGAAUACCGAGAGAAGGUCCUUGAACUUGAAGAUGAGCUUCAAGAAGCAAGGGGUUUCCGGAGGAAGAUCAAACGCCUGGAAGAUGCAAACAAGAAGCUUUCUCUUGAACUAGAGCACGAACGUGGGAAGCUCACUGGCCUUGGCCAGUCCAAUGCAGCUCUGCGAGAGCACAAUCGCAUUCUUGAAGCAGCUCUGGCCAAGAGAGAGGCUGAUCUGGUGCAACUCAAUCUUCAGGUCCAGGCAGUUCUGAGGUGCAAAGAGGAGGAAGAUCAGAAAAUGAAGCAACUGAUUCAGACUUUGCAAAUGGCCUUGGAAAAAGAAAAAGCAAAUGUCAUCAGCCUUAAAGAACAGGUCACAACAACGAAAGCGGAGUCGGCCCAUAACCGUCGGCAUUAUAAAGCUGCUGCCCUAGAACUCGGCGAGGUGAAGCGAGAGCUGCAAGCGAAAGAGGUCCUCAUCCAUGCCCUGCAGGCUGAAGUCGACAAGCUGCAGGCAGAAGACGGGAAGCACUCAGAGGAAAUAUCUCAGAUCCAGCAAGAGCUUGUAGAUGCUCGGUCUCAGCUUCAACUUCUGCAGAAGCAGCUGGAUGAGCAACUUGGCAAGCAACCUGUAGAAAACCAAGAGGUGGAAGACCUCAAAUGGGAAGUUGAGCAGAAAGAGAGAGAACUCCAAGCCCUGAAGCAACAGCUGGAUUUGACUGAACAACGCAGUCAGAAGGAGUUGGAAGGCGUGCAGUUAGUUCUGCAGAAUAUCAAGACGGAAUUGGAGAUGGUUCGGGAUGAUUUGUCCAUAACUCAGAAGGAUAAGUUCACGCUUCAAGCAAAAGUGACGGAACUGAAAAACAGCAUAAAAACUCUGCUACAACAGAACCAGCAGCUGAAGCUGGAUUUGAAGCAUGGAAAAAUGAAAAAGAAAAAACUCAAGGGAGAGACCAGCUCAUCAAAUCCUGUGACACCAGUAAAGGUUCCGGAUUGUCCUGUCCCUGCAGCUUUGCUGGAAGAGCUGUUGAAGCCCCCAUCAGCUGUGAGCAAAGAGCCAUUGAGAAACCUCAACAGCUGUCUCCAGCAACUCCGGCAAGAGAUGGACAGCCUUCAGCGUCAAAUGGAAGAGCAUACGAUAACAGUCCAUGAAUCUAUGUCUUCAUGGACGCAGAUCGAAGGGCAGUUAACGGACCUUACUUCCAAUCUCUCUGUAACUCUAUUAGCCAAUGAGAAUCUUCCCCAUGUAGACCUUCAGGAACACAAGCCAAGCACGGAUGUCAAGAAAGAGCUGAGCCAGUGAUCCAGGGGCCCACUGAUUUCCAUCAAAACUGCUUUUAAGUAUGUAAAAAAAAGUAUUUAUCAAAACCCUAUUUAUAUUUUGUUCUUAAACACACACUUUAGAGUCCUUCGCCUACGGUUUGUUUUAGUAACGGAAAAAUCUUCGAAGGCAAUGGCUUUAUCAGACUUUUGUUCGUUGUACUUGAGCAGAGAGAGAGAGAGGAUGGGCUGGAGCCAGGGAAAAGGAUGGGAGGUUUGCUAUAUUAAGCCCUUGACAACAAACUCGAAUUAUUAUGGCUGUGGAGAGGAGAAAAAACAGGCCGCAUUUCAGUUUUCACUUUUUAAAAUUUGCUAAACUAGUUUGGUGACGUUUUGGUCUGCUUCAGAUUUUGAUGCUCAUUGAUGGAUAGAUUAUUCAGCAAAAUCCAGUAUUAUUGUUAUAAUCACAUCUUCGAUCCAUGCGCCAACAAAGCAAGUAACCUAACUACAAAUCAGUAAUUUCUGGAGGAAUGCACAUCUCAAAAUCACCCUCUUUGAAACAGUUUCCAUGGCAUCAGUUGAGUUGGCUUCCAAGCACAUAAGUUGGCCCAGUAAAACAUUUUGAUUCCCCUACUGACAGAUGCUGUUUGCACAUUUUUGUUGUUUGUCUUUGCAGACAUCUGCAGUGCAGAAUUGUGUGUGAUGUUGCUCUGUUCUGGAGCAUCUUAUAUAUAUAUGGAUUCUUCUGUGGAUUACAAAUCACGAGGGUUGGUUUUUAUUUUUGUCUUUCUAAGGUUACUUUCUAAGGUUGGUGUUCUGAAAACAUUUUGUGUGUGUGGGCCUAAGAAAGCUGGCCCUAAAACCAGAACUUUUUAGAAAUUUAAUUUACUUAUUGUAUCUUUCAAAGAUAAAUGUUCUACACUGCUUAUAAAAUCCCUGUUUCUUAGCUUUAAUUCCCCCCCCCCCAUUUCUUCCUCCUAAUGCCUAACCAGAAGCCCAGAUUUCAUGUAGCCUUUGCAAAUACAUCUUCAUUUAUAAUUAAUAGGUUGAAACAACAGCCUUAGUUUUUUUUUUUUUUUAAUCAUUUCUCAACAAUUGACAUUCAGAGCCAUUCUACCUUUUGGGCUCCGUGUCAAAGCACAGGAUUUUAACUUAAUUGCACUGUAGGAUAUCCUGGAAAAUGAAAUGAAGAGUGAAUGGAUGUCACAAAUGUAGGAGGUACUGUGAUCUUAGCUUCCUUAGGAGAACUGGGUCCCAUUUUGUAAGCGGGGCUAACCCUAAGUCUAACGUUUAAGUCUAACGCUUAAAUAACUCGAUGAUGAUUCUGCUAAGCAUAAUGGGGGAAAUUCAGAAGCAGGACUGCUAUUUUCAGUGUGACUGAAAAUCUUAGACUAUUGAGGAGGACACAAUCUGUAAAUUAAACUUCCGUUUCAACAGUUUGACCAAAGAAACCUUUGAGUGGUACGGAUUGAUUGAAUGUGGAAGGUUGUUUUUCCAGAUAAUAUGUAGAAAUGUCACUCUGAUUUUCCUGUCAAAGCCGAGACACCUUUUCUCUGGGUAUUCUGUUUUUUCAAAAUAGGCUUUAUAUGGAUGCUUUGAUUGUCCAUCUCUUUUUUCAACCUGAGUUCUAAUAUUUGUAAUAUUAUAAACAAUGAUUCGGAAUCUCCUGUGAGGCAUUUUGGUUUUUUCAUCUAAUACAUGAAGGAAAGGUACUUUUUAAAUGUAAAGCUUUUUAAAUUUGAGAGGGAGGAAUCUCAGUUAGAGUUAAUUAUUUGGUAAGACUAAUCCAGAGUUAUCAAGACAAAAUCUUGACAGUUUUAUGGGUCAAUCUAGACAUGUGAUGACUUUUAUUAUAAUGUUGGUUUUAUACAGUAAAUAGUAGGGUUUUUUUUGCUGCUCAUAUCUGUGAAGCUUAUGUAUCUGCUAACUUAAGCAAGAAAUACUGUAGUAUUUAAACACCAAAGUUAAUAUUAUGUCAUGAAUAAUAUGCAUAUAAUCACUUCCAAAAUUUGCUGUUCUGCUUAGCUGUUUUCGUUUCACAAUUUUGGUUUACCCAUGAAGACUUUUCUCAGCGUCCUAUUAACAGUCACAGCUGAAUGCUAUGUACAUAUUUUAAAACAGUAAAUCAGAUUUUUUAAUGCACCUCUUUGACAAUUUCUGUAUAUCUUGGGAGGGGGGAAGGGACAGGAAUAGACCCCAUUGUAUUUUUACUUAAUGAAAAAUCCAUUUCUCUUUCGCUUCUCCUGUUUCCCUUUUCCAGCCCGUCUUAUUUAUAUUUCCCAUGACUUGUCAUUUGGACCAGGAAAGAAGUGGGUCUUGUAGGUCUGGAGAAUCGUAAGCACCCCAACCCAAUAAAUUUCAUCCCAGAAAAUAUAUGCUGUCAUUCUCUCUUUUUAAAAGCACUGUCAUUUAAUUCAUUCUUUAAGAAACCGAGAGAGGGGAGGGUGCUCCUCCUGCGCUUUCAGACCAGCCAAGCGGAUCUGCUGAAUCCUUCAGACUGGUCCCUUUGAGCAUGCUGCUUUUUUUUUAAAGAAACCUUCACAAUAAGCAAUAGAGCCUUUAUGGUUAUUGCAUUUUUAAAAACAUGAAUAAACAGGGUUUAUUCAUCCCUGGAAGGUAGAGCUACAUAAGGUUUCAGUGUUUCUCUGUAUAUUAGCGGAGGAUUCUUCUGAGGGCUUAAAUCUUUUAGUGUUAACAGCAAUUUUUAAAAAUGGAGACGUUUCUUCAGUGCAACAAUGUGCUGCAUGUUAAUUCACCUUAUGGUCUUCUAAGUGAUUUAGAGACUUGUGCGUUCUGUGAACUCAGUUCUUCCUUCUCCUUGUGUGCCGUCAGUUUCGUUCUGCCGUUUCAUUACCAGGAAACAUUUUUGAAGCAAAAAGUCUUCCCCAGAGGGACCCAGACUUGCAGGAUACUUUGGGAGAGCUGAUUCUUCUCGAUCUCAGAAUCAGAACUGUAAAUUUUUUUUUUUUUUUUUGGUAAGCAGCUGUAUUAAGUAGCAAGGGAGCAUUAAUGAUAGACAUAAUCUUUACAAAUCAAAUUAUGUCACUGACUUUUUGAGGGACAGAGGUAUACUAAAAGCAAGGUGGAAGGUUGCCUUAAUUUAAAAAGUGAAUGCUGGUCAAGCCAUUCCAUUUAUAAUUAGGAUCUAUUUUAAAGUAGCAUUUUUCCCCCCUCGCUUGAAAAUACAGAAUGCUUACCUUUGGAAUGGGAAAAUUUAACGCAGCAGAAUAUGAGAUUCUUAGUCAUAGGAAUCCUUCCUGCAAGUAUAGCUGUGCACAGAGUAUUCUUUCCUUUUUACCAAAAAGAACAUCUGAUGCAUAUCAUGUUCUCACAUUUUUCUUGUUCCCAGCAAACUGUUGUCAAAUUAUAUCGAUAAGAAAAAAAAAGUCAUUUUCAUAACAUGUUUGAUUGAGUG